AUUAUGUUGAAAGUCCUUGUUUACCACCCUCGUAUGAGGUUCUUCAAUAUAUGCCUGCGAACUCCCAAAGAUUGGGCGCUUACUAGUUAAGGGAGGCAGCUGUCCCGGAGGGUGUCCAGCUCGGACGGCUGACGGCUCUUUCACUUGUCGUUAACUUCCACCCAGUGGUCUCUGUCUCCCUUUGGACAGGGUACGGACCGAGUGCCAUUCUUAUUUCACUUGACCGAGUCCGAUCUGCAACCCAGGGUAGAAGCCGCAAGGGCUGGGCAGAAUUCCAGGCAAGAGGGGCCGAGAGGCAUGAGCAGUGCUCCGCAGCGCUUGUCAAAGAAAUGGAGCAGCGGUUCCUUUGUGGGCUCUAACAUCCCUGUCCUGGGUGCCCAGCCCGGAUAUUUGAUCUGCGGGGUGAUUGAUCGGUGAGGGAGAGGGGCCGCGAUCCCUCCCUCCCUGCCUCCCUUCCUUAUUCCCCUCUCCUCCCUCCCUCCUGACUUCCCUCCUCCCUGUCGCCUCCCCUCCUCCUUCUUGCGAGAAACGUGGCCCGUUGGAUAGCAGCUCCGGUGGGGAUCUGCUUGCCCUGGGGGCGCCACCCGCGCUCCCCGCGGUCCUCUCGCUCCCGGGCUGCGCUAAUCGGAAGCAGUGCCGGCUCCAGUGCCUCUCUGAGUCGCAGAUGCUGCGGGCUCCUCCGGGGGACGAUCUGGGCAGCGCGCUCGCUGGAUGGAGACAGAAAGAUCCAGGAGCUAGUGACACAUCUCGCAACAGAGCCAGAUCAGAACCCAGCUCUCCUGCCCCUGCAGCCUGGAGGGCUCAACCACCCUUCCCUUGGCUCCCACUCCCAGCUGAGGCUCAGCCUGGCAGUGCUUUUCUGACACCCACUUCUUUUCUCCUUCCUCCAGGCAAGAAGCGCACGUUUAAACCUCAUUAUCUGGCUAAGUAUAAACCUCAGGGAGAAAAGGGUUUUGUUUUUGUUUUUCUCAGUCUGUAAGCUAAGGUUGAGCUGACUUUCAGAGUCCACGCAAAUAUCUGUUUGGUGGGUCACCACCCAGAAAGGAAUUCUCCUAAGCACUGAAUCAAGGCUCUGUAUGUAAAGCAUAAAUCCCCUAGGAGAACUCCUCGCCCUCCUACACAGACACACUGGUGCAUGCACACACACCCCACUCUCUGCACAGAGAGCAUCUGAGCUAGGAGCUGGCAAGUGGGGCACCAGUCCUGUAGCAAAGAGGCACACCACAUGCGCGCGCGCGCGCACACACACACACACACUCACACACAGAGAGAGACACACACUCUUACACAGUUCUCCCUUGCUUGGGAAUCUGGGAUAAGAACACCCCCACCCCCACCCCUGCCCUCCACAGGUAUUGUGUAGGUGAGAGAAAGAGGGAGAAGUCAAAGAGAACACAGAGAGGUUGCCAGCCCAAGAGCAGGGUCCCUCCUUGAGAAACCCCUCUGCAGGAGCAUCUCCUGCGACCAGCCAGGUUGGAGGUGAAGUAGUUCAGAAUCAACUGACGCAACCAGGAAUUGAGCUUUGCAAAGCCACUUGCAAGGAAGGGAAGCAUCUGCCCAACCCUCCCCCACCGCGCGCCCUGGAUCCUCUGCCUGCCCCCUCCCCUGUGACGUCACCCUAGUCCUGUCCCAGCGAGCCUGCAAAGCCUCUCAAAUUCAAACUGCUAGACGCACUGCUGCCGCCGCCACCGGAUUGGAAACGCGCGCCCAGGCUCCGCCGUCGCCUUCGCCCGGCGACCGGGCCAGCCGGCUCUGCGACCUCCCUACAGAAUCGCACCCCAGUCCCUCCCUGGCAGCUCGGCUUCCCUCCGCUCUAACUCCCUCCGCUCCAACUCUCCUCUUCCGCUCCUGCCUCCAGUCGGAUAUUUAAUUUCUGCACACCCCCAGUCAAAUUAAAUCAACCAACAAAAAGCAGGGCAUCCCCCCUGGAAGCAGCGUCUUAUUGUACCUUGUUCUCUCUCUUCCUGAAGAUGCUAAACUCCUGGUGGACUGCAGAGGAGCGGGGAUCUGUUUUCUCCUGAUGUCGAUUGCGAUUUCUGCUGGAAGCCCAAGACGGGCGAGCCGCCCGAGAUCUCUUCGAGAUACCCCAGGGGAGGAGGAGAUGGGCAGGAUUUAAUAGGACAACUCGGUUACUAAUGACUUGGCGGCUGGCUGCGACCCCCCGGGAAAUCAGGUUUGCCUGUAGGUACCUGAGUUGACACCGAAGGUGCCUAAAGAUGCUGAGCGGCGUUUGGUUCCUCAGUGUGUUAACCGUGGCCGGGAUCUUACAGACGGAGAGUCGCAAAACUGCCAAAGACAUUUGCAAGAUCCGCUGUCUGUGCGAAGAGAAGGAAAACGUACUGAAUAUUAACUGUGAAAACAAAGGAUUUACAACAGUUAGCCUGCUCCAGCCCCCCCAGUAUAGAAUCUAUCAGCUUUUUCUCAAUGGAAACCUCUUGACAAGACUGUAUCCAAAUGAAUUUGUCAAUUACUCCAACGCAGUGACUCUUCACCUAGGUAACAACGGGUUACAGGAGAUCCGAACGGGGGCAUUCAGUGGCCUCAAAACUCUCAAGAGACUGCAUCUUAACAACAACAAGCUCGAGAUAUUGAGGGAGGACACUUUCCUGGGCCUAGAGAGCCUGGAGUAUCUCCAGGCUGACUACAAUUACAUCAGUGCCAUCGAGGCUGGGGCAUUCAGCAAACUUAACAAGCUCAAAGUGCUCAUUCUGAAUGACAACCUUCUGCUUUCACUGCCCAGCAAUGUGUUCCGCUUUGUCCUGCUGACCCACUUAGACCUCAGGGGGAAUAGGCUAAAAGUAAUGCCUUUUGCUGGCGUCCUUGAACACAUUGGAGGGAUCAUGGAGAUUCAGCUGGAGGAGAACCCCUGGAAUUGCACCUGUGACUUACUUCCUCUCAAGGCUUGGCUAGACACCAUAACUGUGUUUGUGGGAGAGAUUGUCUGUGAAACACCCUUUAGGUUGCAUGGGAAAGAUGUGACCCAGCUGACCAGGCAAGACCUCUGUCCCAGAAAAAGUACCAGUGAUUCCAGUCAGAGGGGCAGCCACGCCGACACACACAUCCAAAGGCUGUCACCUACAAUGAAUCCUGCCCUCAGCCCAACCAGGGCUCCCAAAGCCAGCCGGCCGCCCAAGAUGCGAAAUCGUCCAACUCCCCGGGUGACUGUGUCAAAGGACAGGCAAAGUUUUGGACCCAUCAUGGUGUACCAGACCAAGUCUCCUGUGCCUCUCACGUGUCCCAGCAGCUGCGUCUGCACUUCUCAGAGCUCAGACAACGGUCUGAAUGUAAACUGCCAAGAAAGGAAGUUCACUAAUAUCUCUGACCUGCAGCCCAAACCUACCAGUCCAAAGAAACUUUACCUAACAGGGAACUAUCUUCAAACUGUCUAUAAGAAUGACCUCUUAGAAUACAGUUCUUUGGACUUACUGCAUUUAGGAAACAACCGGAUUGCAGUCAUUCAGGAAGGUGCCUUUACAAACCUGACCAGUUUACGCAGACUUUAUCUGAAUGGCAAUUACCUUGAAGUGCUGUAUCCUUCUAUGUUUGAUGGACUGCAGAGCUUGCAAUAUCUCUAUUUAGAGUAUAAUGUCAUUAAGGAAAUUAAGCCUCUGACAUUUGAUGCUUUGAUUAACCUACAGCUACUGUUUCUGAAUAACAACCUUCUUCGGUCCUUACCUGAUAACAUCUUUGGGGGUACAGCUCUCACCAGGCUAAAUCUGAGAAACAACCAUUUUUCUCACCUGCCUGUGAAAGGGGUCUUGGAUCAACUUCCGGCUUUCAUCCAGAUAGAUCUGCAAGAGAACCCAUGGGACUGUACCUGUGACAUCAUGGGCUUAAAAGACUGGACAGAACAUGCUAAUUCCCCUGUCAUCAUUAAUGAGGUGACUUGUGAAUCUCCUGCUAAGCAUGCAGGGGAGAUUCUAAAAUUUCUGGGGAGGGAGGCUAUCUGUCCGGAGAGUCCAAACUUGUCAGAUGGGACCAUUUUAUCAAUGAAUCACAAUACAGACACACCUCGGUCACUUAGUGUGUCUCCUAGUUCCUAUCCUGAACUACACACCGAAGUUCCACUUUCUGUCUUAAUUUUGGGAUUGCUUGUUGUUUUCAUCUUAUCUGUCUGUUUUGGGGCCGGCUUAUUCGUCUUUGUCUUGAAACGCCGAAAGGGAGUGCCAAAUGUUCCCAGGAAUACCAACAACUUAGACGCAAGUUCCUUUCAAUUACAGUAUGGGUCUUACAACACUGAGACUCAUGAUAAAACAGACGGCCAUGUCUACAACUAUAUCACCCCACCUGUGGGUCAGAUGUGCCAAAACCCCAUCUACAUGCAGAAGGAAGGAGACCCAGUAGCUUAUUACCGAAACCUGCAAGAGUUCAGCUAUAGCAACCUCGAGGAGAAAAAAGAAGAGCCAGCCACACCUGCUUACACAAUAAGUGCCACUGAGCUGCUAGAAAAGCAGGCCACACCAAGAGAGCCUGAGCUGCUGUAUCAAAAUAUUGCUGAGCGAGUCAAGGAACUCCCCAGCGCAGGCCUAGUCCACUAUAACUUUUGUACCUUACCUAAACGGCAGUUUGCCCCUUCCUAUGAAUCUCGACGCCAAAACCAAGACAGAAUCAAUAAAACCGUUUUAUAUGGAACUCCCAGGAAAUGCUUUGUGGGGCAGUCAAAACCCAACCACCCUUUACUGCAAGCUAAGCCGCAGUCAGAACCGGACUACCUCGAAGUUCUGGAGAAACAAACUGCAAUCAGUCAGCUGUGAAGGGAAAUCAUUUACAACCCUACGGCAUCACAGGAUGCUACUCCAAACUGUUGGAAACGUGGAAAUUAGCUUUUGUGUUUGUGUUCUCCCUUUCCCAGUGUACAUGGGGGACUUUGAAGAUGUUUGGGAGAUGGGGUGAAGUAAUGAUAUUGCUUUUGCAAGUUUUCCUUUAAAUUAUUUCUCUCUCAUUCUCCUCCCCUCCUUUUUUUUUUCCUUCUCUUCUUGGGAACGAUCAGUGGACCUGAAUGCUUCUGUAAUGCAUUUCUUCAUAUAUUUUGUUGAUGGUUUUGUUUCUUUUUUCUUCUUUAUUUUUCAGUGUGGGAGUGGGAAUAGGAGAUUAUAGUGACUGAAGAAAGAAUAGGCAAACUUUGCAAAUGAAAAUGGAUAUUUAGUGUAUUUUGUAGAAGAUCUCCAAAGAUCUUUGGUGACUACAACUUCUUUUGUAAAUAAUGAUAUAUGGUAUUUCCAUCUUCAGUUACCAAGUAUAGCCACUGGGCCUCACUACUUUGUGUUAAAGUGCCUUCGCACUUUAAGUACAUUACUUAAAUGUUGCUUUUAGCUUUGAUAAAUUGAAACUAUUUUAAUGUGUUGUAUUUUUGAAAUUGAAAACACUGUAAAAUAGAUCGAUGUGUCAGCUAUAUUAAGUCAACGUGCAGUUUGCUUGAGUUAUAGAAACCAGCCUGUCAACAAAUGAUUCUAGUUCUAGGACUUUGUAGGCUUAACUAUACGAUAUUUCCUUUCCUCUGGGUUUGUUUUAAGUGAUUUUAUUUAAGUCAACUAAGGGGAUUUAACAGUGGACUAGAGGUAAUAAGCCACCUCAGUCAGGAUUAAUAAUUCAUUAAUAAAAUAUAUUUAACCCAA